UGUCCGCAUCCCACACCGGCAGUCCAUGGACCAGACCCAUCUCGACCGACCGCCUGCGAAGUCCAACCCUCUCUCGUUUUCAACCACGAUCUCGCUGGUUUUCGUCGUCGACUUUUUCCCCUUCAAUCGCAUGCGAAAAGCCGUCAUUUCCCAUCGUCCGAACUCUACGAACAACGAGAAUUCGCCGGUCUCGUCGCUGAGUGGUCGGCGUUGACACACAGUAAUUCUCUCAUUGGUCGGCUGCCACCCGCCACGAUCGGGACUUGGCUGAACACUGCCGGGGCACCUGGGCGAGGCAUGUCAGGGCCCCCGAUCGAGAGUCUCACGAGGUCAAAAAUGACGUCUUUGGCAUGGUCGAUUAGGGGAAGCCGACCCAGAAUGGCGGCGAUACCAUCAUGGGUUCCGGUGCGAUGUCUUUCAGGAGAUCUUGGAGACUGCAAGAGGCAGCCGAAAAAGCAGGGCCGGGAGACAAAGACCGCUUCCGUGACGUCGGCCACGACAAGUGUCGGGCUGGGCCUGAACCUCAAUUUCGACUACGACGUGGGGAACCGGAAUCGGGAACCGGGAGUGUCUUUCUCACAAGCCAGUCGGUUCUUCUGGGACCAGUUGCGUAUUCCUCAGGGGGGUACGGAGUGCGUCUUGGUACUGGCAAGCGCCACAUGGAGAGGCCGAGGACGUGUGUGCAUGGCGACGCGACACGAGCCCACAGCAGGGCGCAGUCGACACUGUUGCCAGAGCCGGGUUGAGUCAGACUCGUGUUCGGCCGACGGCGGUCAGUGGUUAUUUUCGGAGUAUCGUUCCGGGCCAAGCGGUGGGAGAUAA